CUGUUCAAUACGUAACGUGCUAUAACUGACUUUCUUUUUCAUUUCAUAGGGAUAUGUGUGAGACAGACAAUAAACUCUGAUGGAUAUUGCAACGUAAGGUUGCUAUUACACAAAACUUUACUAAAAGUUUUAUAAUUUCAGUAAUAAGGUCAUGAAGGUAUGAUUAGUAAAGGAGGAAGGUGUAGGUACAGCAUUAUUUUACUGUCACCUCUCACUUCUCCAUUAUGAAAGCUAUGACAAUGUCAGAUAUAUUAGAAACAUUUUUGUAUAUAGGAGAAGUCACUCAAAAAAAUGGACGCCGAGGAAUAUUACGAUUCUCUAGAUGAAAGUUCAGAUUACGACAGCUGUAAAUGUCCAAAAACGAAAAAGAUGUCAUCAGCAAAUUUUAAACAACAGCAAGAAGAUGAUGAUAAUACGGACGAUUCGAUACCGUUCUAUAAAGGCACUUUAAGCAUGAGUCGGUUAGAUUUUACAUCAUCGAAAUGUAGCGGAUUAUUGGGAGGACAAAAUCGCAAAACUUCCAGAUCGAGAUUAAAAAUGUCGAUAGCACCAAGACCUAAACCAAAAAAGUCUUAUUUGGAAAUAUUUUACAAUAAAACUGGUGCUAGUAAAUAUGAUAUCGAAGGAUUAGACUCUUCAAGACCAACGUGCUCUAGUUCGUCGCCUAAAAGUUUCACGACUUGCGAUGGAGAUGUUGUUUGUGAUGACGUCAUUGAUCUUUAUUUAAAGAGUGAUUCGGAAAUAAGUUCAGAAAUUAAAGAUGUAUCCCCGAAACGUAUCCCUAUAUUAGAUUUGCAUAUGGACAGUGGAAAAGGCGAUUAUAAAUUCAACAGUGUGAUAGACAAAAAUAAUGAUAAAAAUAUGUGCUCCCGUUCUAAUAAAAGUAAUAUUUCGAAAAAAAAUUCGAAAGUUUUAAGGAUACCCCAAAAUACAACAAUCCAAAAAUUUGAAAUGCCGACUUCGAAGUUGGAGUCUUGGAAAAAGCGGCUACAAUAUGGUAGGAAAGCAAGCGAGACGAAUAGAAUACAAAUGCAAGAGAAGAGGGCCUUGCAAACUUUGGAAAAAGAAACAAAAAAUUCAAAUAAUAUAAGUACAUGAUUAAUUUUUUGUCUUGCUAUAAACCUUUCGUUUCUCCAGGGUUGGAUGAUAGAUCAAACAUAAUUAUUACUACUCUAAAUAUAUAUUUAAUAAACAUAUUUGUCUU